CUCACUUUUACCAUUCAACUUCUCCUGCGACUUCAAAUUACCCACACUUAUUAUAUCAUGGCAUCAUACGACCUGAAUAUGGACCCUUCUAUAGUCUCAUCCGGGGCUGACCUUCUUGAUUUCCCUUUUGAUAACGAUUUGCUAGACGAUUUUAGCAACGAAAACGCUUGGUCAAACACUUUUAACCAACCGGUCAUUGCUUCCUUAGCUGAAAAGGGAGGCGAAAAUGAUGGACGUUUUGAUAUCAAUGCUCUAGGUGAAACUCAACUUAAUAAACUCUUUGGCUUAUCGGCAUCGCAACACGUUUUCGAUCAAGAAGCUUAUAAUGAUACCAACACAACAACCAACACUACUUCUUCUUCAUGGAUCGAUGAUACUAUCCCAGAUUUAAUUGCUACUUACGAUGUCAUCGACAAUACUUACGCCAAUGUUGAACAAGAUCUUUUAAAUGCCACAGACGGUGAAUUCACCUCUGAAUUUUCAUCAUCUGUUUCCAGCCCUUUUGAAUCGACAGAGUCAAGUCCUUUGACAUCCAAUGCUUCAAGUCCUUUUACAUCCAAUGCUUCAAGCCCUUUUACAUCCAAUGCUUCAAGCCCUUUUGCAUCGACUGCUUGCAGCCCUAUGCAUCCAUCGUUCGAUUCUUCGCCAUAUCCUGUUGAUGCGCGCAACGAAGGUGCUGAAAUAAAACCAGAAUCAUCUACAUUGAAAAUAUCAAAAGUCCAAGCAAAAAUCAAAAAAAAUGCGAGACGCAAACGACUGAAUAAUUUACCGGCAUCAGCCAAACAACAGCGUAAACGACAGCAAAACAACAAUGCCGCUUUGAAAUACAGACUAAAGAAGAAAGAAGAAGUAUCUAGCCUAUCUACUAUUGAGAAGGAAUUAGAAACAGAAAACAUGAAGCUUCAACAAAAGAUCGAAGCCACGAAAAACGAAAUCCAUUUCCUUGCGUCCCUCCUUCGUGAAAUUAAACAAAAUCGCGAAAAGAAUGCCUCCACUAUGGACCGCUAACGCUAUAUAGUAAACGCCGUCCCGUCUGUUAUUAGUAAUUAAUAAAUAAUCACGACCGGUUGUCUGUCUUUAGCUAGACUUAACUGCCUUUUUCUUGUACUUUCUGUACUGUACAGUCUAUAAUUAAAACUUUACUUUAUCAUACAAUCGAGAAAUUAUAAUAAAUUUCACCUUUGUAGAAUUGUACUAUUAAUUAAUUAUUUAACUUGAGUUGAAAUGCAAUAAAUUAAAAUUGAACUAGAUUACUCUAUGCAGAUAUAUCUGCAACAAUUUUCUCAAUACUUCAUUACAGUUCCAUGAUCUUCAAUAUUGAGAAGACGGAUUACUGCUUUACCAUAAAAACAAUUGUUAUAGGCACAUAGAAUGUGAUCUACUAGGUUUAGGUAUAAGUACAGUACAGAGCUGUGCUACUGUCGACUUAUCCAGCACAAAAAGUACUAUCUAUCUUGCUCGUUUUUAAAAUUUUAUCAUAAACUCAUACUCGUAUAGCGUAAUGAUAGCCAUAUGUAAAUUUAUGUACAGGACGACUCGGUCUUGCCACAAUUGUUAUUAAUCUAAUCUUCCGUUAUUAACUGAAAAGUAAAAUAAAUUUAACCAAAUUUGUUGAUGUCGGACUUGUUGCUACUUAUUUACAGCAAGUAACCCUAUACUGGUGUGUUAAAGUAACCGAUUGUAGCUUUAUUAUAUCUUAUGUUAUACAUUGCUGUUCCGAUUUCAAAUGACUUACAGCUAAUAAACUAUUGC